GUGCAAUUAGAUUGCGACUCAUGCAAUUUUCCCGAAACUUGCAAAAAUCUCUGUCCAAUGCGUGUAUGGAAACAGGGUGGGCAGACCGUUGCUAAGGCAGUCUUUACAGUCAAGUAUAAAGGGAAUAUUAUGGUGCCCUAGCGGCUGUUUAUGUUUUGCUUAGCAUAGACGUGGGGAGGGGAAAACAAGAACAAUUCCGUUUAACGACAUAAUAUUUCUUUUUUUCUACUUUUAUAUAAAAACGAUUUUUACACCUCACUAGCUACAUCAGGUUUUCUUCACUAAUGUGCCAUUCUCACAAAUGGAAAAGGGUUUUCAGUUUGGAAACGUGAGCAUUUCGCUUGUGCUCCUGUUGUUACUGAAAGCGCUAACCGGGACUUCUCAAACUCAAGGCUCUGUCGGGAGAGAGCCAGCAACCGCCACCGCCCUGGGGUCAGAAACGGCCGAAGAUGGUCCUAGUGUUAUGGAGCGGGGUUUGGAAAGUGUUGGCGCUCCCGUUACCGGAGAUGUAACUGUUGAAGACGACGAGAACGGGGCGGCCGGAGACGGCGAUGAGUUUUCCGGGCAAACUGACUGCGAUGAAGGCUUGAAAAGGUCUCUGGUGAUCAUCAGCACGCUGGACGGCCGCAUCUCCGCGCUGGACCCCAAUAAUCACGGCCGCAAGCAGUGGGACCUGGACAUGGGCUCCGGCUGUCUGGUGUCCUCCAGCCUCAGCAAGCAGGAGGUGUUUGGGAAUAAGAUGAUCAUCCCGUCGCUGGACGGGGCCCUGUUCCAGUGGGACAGGGACCGGGAGAGUAUGGAGACCGUGCCUUUCAGUGUGGAGUCCCUGCUGGAGUCCUCCUACCGCAUCCGGGAGGACACCGUGCUGGUGGGGGGCAAGUCCCUCACCACCUAUGGCCUGGGGGCCUACAGCGGGAAGCUGCGCUACAUCUGCUCUGCGGUGGGCUGCAGCCGCUGGGAGGAGGACGAGUCCGAGCUGGAGGACGUGCUGCUGCUGCAGAGGACCCAGAAGACCGUGCGUGCCGUCCGGCCCCGCAGCGGGAACGAGAAGUGGAACUUCAGCGUGGGCCACUUUGAGCUGAAGUUCGUGCCCGAGACGCAGCCGGGGCUGAACUACCUGGACGGGGAGCGGGCGAGCGGGGAGGGGCGUCGGGAGGCGCGCCGGGACGGCCAGCGGGUGAUCCUGGAGGAGGAGGAGCAGCAGCCCCCCCGCGCCGAGACCUGCGACCUGGUCAUCAAGGUGUCUGUCCCUGACUGGAAGGUCCUGGCCUUCAGCAACAAGCCGGGGGGGCAGCUUGUGUGGGAGCACCAGUUCUGCACCCCCAUUGCCUCUGCCUGGCUGGUGCAGGGGGGCAAGGUGACGCCCAUCAGCCUGUUCGACGACACCUCCUACACCGCGCAUCGCGAGUCCAGCACCGAGGACGAGGAGGAGAUCGUGGAGGAGGCGCGGGGAGCCACCGAGUCCAGCGUGUACCUGGGGAUGUUCCGCGGGCAGCUCUACCUCCAGUCUUCCGUACGGAUCUCUGAGAAGUUUCCCUCCAAGUCCAAAGCACUGAACAGCCGCGACUCCGAAACGGACAUCAUCCCCCUGCCCACCGUCAAAUGGAAACCGCUUAUCCAUUCUCCCUCCCGCACUCCCGUCCUGGUCGGCUCCGAAGAAUUCGACAAAUGUCUGAACAACGACAAGUUCUCCCACGAGGAGUACAGCAACGGAGCUCUGUCUGUGCUGCAGUACCCCUACGAUAACGGGUACUACUUCCCGUACAGUAAGCACUACCGGGGCCGGCGGGCGGCGGCGGUCAGCCUGUUGCCGGGCGACGGCGGUGGGCGAGAGCUGCACAGGAAGGACCCGGUCCUGCUGCUGUCCUGGUGGAAGGAGAUCCUCAGCACCAUCGUCUUCUGCAUCGCCGCCACCACCUACAUCGUCCGCAAGUUCUUCCACCCGCCGGGCGCCAACGUACGGCAACGCAAGGAGUCGGAGACUCAGUGCCAGACGGACAGCAAGCUGGAGCUGAUGCCGGAGGACCCGAAGGAAGUGGUCAUCAUGGAGACGCAGAGAAGCAACGAAUACGUGUCCAGGUACCUGACCGACUUCGAACCCGUGCAGUGCCUGGGGCGUGGCGGGUUUGGCGUGGUGUUUGAGGCGCGGAACAAAGUGGACGACUGCAACUACGCCAUCAAGAGGAUCCGCCUGCCAAACAGGGAGCUGGCCCGGGAGAAGGUGAUGCGGGAGGUGAAGGCUCUGGCCAAGCUGGAGCACCCGGGCAUCAUCCGCUACUUCAACGCCUGGCAGGAGACCCCGCCCGAGGGCUGGCAGGAGGAGAUGGACCAGCGCUGGCUCAAAGACACCAGCACCACAGACUGGCCGCUCAGCUCCCCUGACCACCUGGAGGCGCUGUCAGUGAAAGUGCCCGUCUCCAAACUCACGCCCACGAGCUCCUCGUCCGUGGUGGGCGGGGCGGGCGCGGCGGGCAGGGACACGACAGGCGGCACCAUGACAGGGGGCACCGCGGAGCCGUCCUUCGCCCCAAUGUUGUCCGAGGUGUCCUCCGCGGGGGACAAGGCGUGCUCGUUGGAGCCCCCUGGUGGGCCGGCGCCGCCGCUGCAGCUGGACAGCUUCCUGUCGGAGCGGGACAGCCAGGCCGAGCUGGAGGCGUCCGACUCGCCCCACUCCUUCGAGCUGUACCCCCCGCGGGGGCCCGGCGACUCCUCCUCCUUCGACAUCGUCUUUGAGGACUCGGGCUGCGGCGACGCCGCCUCGUCCGACCCCCCCGAGGCCGCCUCCCCCAGCACGCUGACGGGCGGCCGGGCCAGCUCCGCCUCCCGCUCCCAGACGCACGACCCCUGCCCCGCCCCCGGCCCCGCCCCCGGCCCCUCCCUGUCCUCCUCCCCGCCCCGCCCCACCUCGCUCAGCCUGGCGCCCUGCCCGUGCCCGGCGGCCCCGCCCCCGGCCGCCUGGCCCCGCCCCCUGGCCUCGCCCAAGGUGUACCUGUACAUCCAGAUGCAGCUGUGCCGGAAGGAGAACCUGAAGGACUGGAUGACCCAGCGCUCCCUGCCCGAGCAGCGGGAGCACGUCGAGUGCCUGGGCAUCUUCCUGCAGAUCGCCGAGGCCGUCCACUUCCUGCACAGCAAGGGCCUCAUGCACCGCGACCUGAAGCCGUCCAACAUCUUCUUCACGCUGGACGACGUGGUGAAGGUGGGCGACUUCGGCCUGGUCACGGCCAUGGACCAGGAGGAGGACGAGGAGGAGCCCAGCGUGCUCACGCCCAUGCCCGCCUACGCCCGGCACACUGGCCAAGUGGGCACCAAGCUGUACAUGAGCCCGGAGCAGCUGUCCGGGAACUCGUACUCCCACAAGGUGGACAUCUACUCGCUGGGGCUGAUCCUGUUCGAGCUGCUCCACCCCUUCCGCACGCAGAUGGAGAGAGUUCGGACGCUGACCGAGGUGAAAAACCUGCAGUUCCCUCCAGUCUUCGCCCGAAACAACGAGCAGGAGGUCGUCAUGGUGAGCAGCAUGCUGUCGCGCAGCCCCGGCGAGCGGCCCGAGGCGCUGGAGAUCACCGAGACGCCGCUGCUCCAGGAGCUGGAGGUGCCCUGCCGCUUCACCCUGCGCCAGCGCUCCCGAACCUACAGCUCCUCGUCCGCGGGACGCCCCGCCCGCCAGUCCAGCCAGUCCGGGUCCUGAGAGCCCCCCCGCCCCGCCCCGCC